UGUUGAUAUCCUGCCUGGUAGUAUAUUCAUUUAGACUUUGGUAUAUUAAAAUCCAGAUUUAUCCUCAGGGUUGGGGAUUUUAUUUGCAUUUGGCAGCAGCGUUAAAAGGAAUGUUAUCUAUAUGAAGGGCUAAUGGAAGACACACGGGAUUUGGCUGAACGAACCCCACGUUCAGAGCGUAAGCGGAGAGACUCAUUCGGGAUGUUUGAUGGCUAUGACAGCUGCAGCGAGGAGUCCACCAGCAGCUCCAGCUCAGAGGACAGCGAAGAUGAGGUGGUGCCCUCCAACCCCGCCAGCCUGCCUAUCAUUAAGAACAAUGGGCAGGUCUACACCUACCCCGACGGCAAGGCUGGAAUGGCCACUUGUGAGAUGUGUGGGAUGGUUGGAGUUCGGGACGCUUUUUACUCCAAAACAAAGCGCUUCUGCAGUGUUUCGUGUUCCCGGAGUUAUUCCUCAAAUUCUAAAAAGGCUAGCAUUUUGGCAAGACUCCAGGGCAAACCACCGACAAAAAAGGCAAAAGUCUUACAGAAACAGCCUCUUGUGGCGAAGUUGGCAGCAUACGCCCAGUACCAAGCAAGUCAGCAGAACCAGGCCAAAUCAAAAGCAGUGGUUCCUGCAGAGAGCUUUGACUGGGGGCGAUAUAUCUGUAGCAAUAACACCAUCGGAGCUCCAGUCAGCUGCUUCAAACAUGCCCCUAUGGGGACGUGCUGGGGAGACAUCGAAGAAGGAGUGAGGAUUGAAGUGCUCAACUCGGACACAAACCUCUCCACUAAAGUGUACUGGAUAGCAGAAAUCAUUAAGCUAGCAGGGUUCAAGGCUCUCCUACGGUACGAGGGCUUUGACAACGACAAUGGUAAAGACUUCUGGUGUAAUCUCUGCAUCCCCGAGGUUCAUCCGGUGGGAUGGUGUGCGUCCAGUGGCAAACCCCUCGUACCUCCAAAAAGCAUUCAGCAUAAGUACUCGAACUGGAAAGCCUUUCUCGUGAAACGUCUCACUGGAGCUAAAACACUGCCGCCUGAUUUUAGUACCAAGGUACAUGAAAACAUGCAGUUUCCCUUUAAGAAGCUGAUGCGGGUGGAGGUAGUGGAUAAGAAUUACCUGUGCCGGACACGGGUGGCGUUGGUGGAGCAGGUGAUCGGAGGUCGCCUCCGGCUGGUUUAUGAGGAGAGCGAGGACCAGUCGGAUGACUUCUGGUGUCACAUGUUCAGCCCGCUCAUCCACAACAUCGGCUGGUCCAGAAGCAUUGGGCAUCGCUUCAAACGAUCUGAUGUUUCAAAGAAAAUUGAGGGUCAGGCUGAUGCUCCUGCACAGUUCUUCCAGAAGGUGAAAGAUGUGGACCAGAGCGGGGAUUGGUUCAAAGAUGGGAUGAAGCUAGAAGCCAUCGACCCCCUCAACCUCUCAACUAUAUGUGUAGCCACUGUAAGAAAGGUGUUGGCAGACGGGUACCUCAUGAUCGGGAUCGACGGAUCGGAGGCGGUGGAUGGAUCAGACUGGUUCUGUUACCACGGCACCUCCCCCUCCCUCUUCCCUGUCGGCUUCUGUGAAAUCAACGACAUUGAACUCACACCCCCUAGAGGGUACACUAAACUGCCAUUUAAAUGGUUCGACUACCUCAGAGAAACAGGAUCAAGCGCUGCUCCUGUCAAGUUCUUCAACAAGGAGGUUCCCAAUCAUGGUUUCCGGCAGGGUAUGAAGCUGGAGGCUGUGGAUCUGAUGGAGCCGCGGCUGGUGUGUGUUGCCACAGUGACGAGGGUUGUGCACCGGCUACUGAGGAUCCAUUUUGACGGCUGGGAGGACGAGUACGACCAGUGGGUGGACUGUGAGUCACCUGACCUCUACCCGGUGGGCUGGUGUCAGCUGACGGGCUACCAGCUCCAACCACCCGCUUCACAGAGUAACAGGGAAAUGCCUCAGUCCGUACCCAAACAGAAGAAGAAAGCUCAGCAGUACAAAGGCCAAAAGAAAAAGAGGAAGAUUCCGGUUGGUCGACGGCCCUUCAGUCAGUCAGGCAGGAGGAGGAGCAGCUUCUCAGGGGAUGAAGAGCAGAGUCCGCCCCCUUACCCUGUCCAGGGGCCCACUCGGCCCCGACCCCGAACCCACCUCCACCAAACCCACAAAUCAGAGUCUCUCCUGCGAAUGAAAGAAGAGGCGGCUGAGGUGGACGAGUUUACCUUCUCACAGGGAACCUCUGACCAGGAGAGCAACGGCUCAGGCAGCUAUUACAUCAAACAGGAGCCCUGAGGACACACGGUGAGGACGGAGCAGGACCAACCCCAGUGAGGAUCGGGAACACAGAGAUUCAUACGAGCCUCCAAUCACUCUGAGACCAUCAGGCCUUCUGUGGAGGUGUUUACAGAGAUGGCCAUGCUGCAGAUACGGGGGAUGUUUUUCUGAUUCUGAAACAUCAUGAAGGAGUAUCCCUCAGUUUUCUACCUUGUAGCUGCGUGUGCACAAAAUCACUCAAAAAAUGGAGGGGUUUGAAAGCACCCAGGGUCGGGCCUGGGUCACAUGUUUGGGCAUUCUUCCCCUCGGAUGAUGCAACGUGAUUCUCCUUCUCUCCAGCCUGAAAUCUAACCAGAGAAGAUAUUUUGAUGGAUUAAAAAAAACAACCUUUUUCUACAAAAAAAUGGGGAUCCUGCAAGUGGACGUCAGCCCGCCCUGCCUCUGCCACAAUCUGGGCCGCACACAGAGACCUGUAGAAACUGUGAGAACCAUUCAUUGAGCCAGGUCUUUCAAUUUUCUUUAGUUUUUUCACCUUUUUGUUGUUUUCAGGUCAGAGAGUCAGCCACUGAACGGCCUGAGGAGAGGAGAGGCUGGCAGGAAGAAGAACAGCUCUGUAUAUUUUGAUUAUUUUCUUCUGAACUUUAUUGCCAGGUGGACUUUUCAUUUGUUAAUAGUACUUGAAGUAUUUUUUUUCCUUUUGGUUCACUUAUUUUUGCUAUAAUUUUGGAGUUGUUUUAUUAAUUAAUGUACUUAUUUUGCAUUUACAUUUUUGGCUGUGUGGGAAAGUAAAUGUGCGUUGUUUCAUAAAAGUGAUUAUAUACAUAUAAUAUGUGGAGGAUUAUUCAAAAAGAACUACAGAGUAUAGAUAUAAAGAUUUCCAUUCGAAAAGACAGAGUAGUGAAGUGCUGCUCUGCAUUAACGAUAUUCAUGUUUCUAUUUGUUUGUUUCUGAUAAGUUUGGCCAGAAGUCUUCCACAGCUAAAUUUAUUUCUGAUCCAAACAUCACAGAACAAAAGUGUGAUCCAAGUUCAAAUUUUUGAAAGAGCAACCAAUGCCUACAACAACGUAGAAAUGCCUACAGGUGAUCAAGAUAGAAAUAAAAGAAGCAUUGCCUUAAACUUAGAUUUGGAAAGCUGGAACCUGUACCUUCAAGAGCCUGUCACCAACUCUGUCGUUUUCCCUCUGGCUACUCCAGAUUCAGAGCAUUUCUUUCCUUAAUUGUUAUAAAAGUUGAUUCCUGCUUCUCUCUUAUCUUGUGGGGGAUGAAAAAUAACUUGGAAAAACAUAAAUGAAUCCUGUCCUACCAUCAUCAGCAGCUACGUAGCUAUAUUUCCUCCACCAUUGCUGAAAAGCCUCUGCAGCUGAUGAAGCUGAGAGAGAAAGUCCCGCCUCUUGCUGACUCUGAUUGGUCGGAAAGGCGAGAAAUGCUAUUUAUGAAUACAAGAGCUAUUUUCAACUGAGAGCUUUUUGAUAAAAACAGCUGACGCCAAGGGCUGGACUAAAUUGGCCUUGCAUUGAAAGUGGAAAAACGGCAGCUUUGGACAAAGGUCUUAAAGGUACAAUAUGUAGAAUUUUUGCAAUGAAAUGUCUGAACUUAUUUAAAGAUGAAUAUUCCUACGUAAUAUAUGCUCCUACUCUAGUGCUUUCAUUUUCUGAAACAUCUCCAACAGUUUUCAAAGCCAGACAAAUAGCUGUGAAGGGACAUGUGUUGUCCCCCAUGGCAGACAACGGCAUGUUUAUCUGCUCGACUGAAAUGUUUGAUAGUUUAAAGGAACAGGGAACUGCUACUGGAAGCUGCUGCUCUGUUGCUGUGUGUUACUCAUGUUUUGCACUGCUUGCUUCUUGAUUCUCUGCCAUUGGUUGCACUUUCUUUUGCUAAGCUUACCCAUUUAGCUCUGAUUAUGGUCCGUUCAGAGUUUGUUUUUCAUUAGGGAUUUGCUGUAAUAUCAGCAUAAUAUCGGUAUUGGCAGAUAAUAGCUUUAAAAGGUUUAAUAUCAGCAGGAAAUUCCUGCCUGAUAUUUACAACUGAUAUACUGCCUGUUCUUAUCGAUAGUAUAUAUCUUAGAAAUCAGCCUUAGAAAUCAGUAAAAUAUUUUUCAUUUCAUUUUAAAUGAAGCCCAAAAACAAAACAAAAAAAACUGCCAGACUGUCUACUUCCCCACUCCUCUCUCAGCUCUGCUUGACUCAGCCUCUAUCCUGUCCACCACCAAUAUCUUUUUUUUUACUGUUAUUUUGAUUAAAAGCCCACUGUAACACCUGCAAAUGUAAUAGCAGUUGCCUACUGCAAACAUAAUAACAAAAUUCUCAAAAAUGUCUUAACAGGUACAUUUGGAGGAAUUUAUUACAUCUGUUGGGAGCUAAAAAUUUCCAGCUUUAUAAAUUGUAAUAAUUUCACCAAAUUUUUUAAGAAAAUUUAAUCAUCAGUGUUUGUGGUCAUUGUUUGUAUGUUGCAGUCACAUCAAACAUGGCAAUUAUGGCAAAUUUGUUUUGCCAUGAAACAGGAAGUAGUUGUUUUUCAGAGUCUUAAAACACCUGUAGAGCCAUGAAUCUUAGCAGAGGGAAUUAAAAAGUGUCAAAACUUCACUCUGACCACUCUGUAAAUGAUGUCUAAAAACACAGGCAGUUUUAUUGUUGAACAACUUAAAAUCCUUUUCCUCUCAAAGUUUGUUUUUAGUCCUAGGAAGUUUGAACCCUGUAGUUUAAGUCACAGUACCUUGCCCUAAUGAGGAGAGCCAGCAUGUGCAGAAAAGUUUUUUUUUUUUUUAGAGGCACGUGAACUGCAAAAUUACUCAUAUUUGGAUCAGUUGAAGCCCCUCUGAGGGCUUAUUUUAAGAAGAACCCCUUAGAUUUUGCAGAAUUUUCCCAAAUUACAUCAGUCCUCUCUGUAUUCAGAUUCUUUUUUGCUACGAAUCAUUCCUCUACAAGUUUAUUAAGACACUGGAAAACUUCCUGUUUCAUGGCGAACAAAAAAAAAUCUACUUUUUUGUUCGCCAUGAAACAGGAGUUUUUAGAGUUUCAAAAGUUUUUUGCUAAGAUUUGUGGCUCUUUGUUUUUGCAAAGUAUCAUGCAUCUAGAAGUUUUUUAAGACUCUGGAAAAACUUCCUGUUUCAUGGCGAACAAAAAAAAUUUAUUUUUUUUGUUUUCCAUGGAACAGGAAGGACUUUAUUUAGAGUUUCAGAAUUUUUGUGCUAAGAUUCAUGGCUCUAACAGUGGUGAAAGACACUGGGAAAACUUCCUGUUUCAUGGCGAACAAAAACCAUCACCAUAACUAUUUUUUUUUAAUUUUUUAUUUUCAUGUGACCAUAGUUUAAGCUGACUUGAACCCACUGGCAGUUGUAAAAAGGUUACAAAACAGUGACAAUAACUCAUUUUUAUGUUCAGAGUAUAUUUGUGAGAUGUUUUACAAUUUUUACCUUCCUAUGAACUUAAUAGGUCCCUGGCAACUGCAGUUAUGUUUGUGGGCAGUUAUCAUGUUUUCAGGUGUUGCAGCCCACUGCUGGUGGAAUUUACAUCCUGUAUGUACUAAAGAUGCACCAAUAGUGAAAAUUAGGACCUUUAUGAUGUUUGAAAUAACAAUUUGUCAGAUACUGAAUCAGUACUGCUGAUGUUUUUCAUAACUUCAAUUAGAUCAGAGUUUGUCAAGGUGACCUCCUCUGCCUAGUAAAAAAUCUCUUCAAUGCGGCAGCGACAUGGCAGUUUGAUUGAUUUGACACUACAGAUAAACAGUGGCUACUGAUAUCUGCUCUGCCCCAUUAUGGGCUUACAGUUGAUUUUUGUUACCAGGACCUAAACCAGCCAAUACUAAUGUUUAACUUGCUUUUGUUUACAGAUUGUGUUGAACCAAUUCAAAGAAACAUGCAAUGAUUCAGUGGUCAAGCUUGCAAAACUAAAUAUCAUCUUUGCUUUCAGUCUAAAAACAGUGUCUGGCUUUGUCAACUUUUCUGAGUACUUAAGGGUUUUUUUUCUUGUUUUUUAGUUGAUAGGUGAAUUCUUCAGCAGAGAAAAUAUCCACAUUGAAGCAACAUAACGAGUGGUCGUUUUUGUUGUAGCAGCUGUUAAAUGAACACAAAAAAUCUGUCUCAAUGCCAUAACCAUUACCUCCAGCAGAUUUUUAUUUCUAACACUUUCUUUUUUACUCUCUCUGACAUUCCAUUUCGUAAGCACUGUCAUUUUUUUUUUUGCAGGAUUGCUCAUUCUAAGUCCAGGUAUAUCUCCCCAAAAACUCUUUUCUCCAUCGUAUAGAUAAACUAAACUGGGAUAAGCUUGGUCAAGAGAGCACAUAUUUAAGGAGUGUUUUCUGGCUUUGGUAGCUCCAUGUGGUGCUUUAUGUGGACCUGUCACAGAGAUCAGAACAUACAGAAGCAUGUAUUAACAAAAAAGGUUCCAGAAAGAUGUUCUGAAUCUCAUUUUUUAUGCUGUGAUGUUGAUCAGAAAUAACAAGGCUGUGGAGAUAAAGGGCUUUUUCAUUAAAAAAAAAAAUACAUUUUUAAAAGUUUAAAGCUAAGAAACAAAAGAGCAGCAGGGUAUAACAGAGAAACCUUACUGGUAUGAUAGGGUGCACUCUCACAGAUUACUCCCAAUAUCCACCUAACAACCUCAACAGUCUGGAUAUAUAAAACAGUAGUGACCACAUGUGUCAGCCAAACUGUGCAGAAGAUUAAUAUGAUGUUUGUAGGAGGAUGUAUGGUUCACAAAUAGACAGAAGUUUCACUACAGCAGGGAUUCAGAUGCACAUUCAGGUGUUUCUGUUGUGCUAUGGAUGCUGAUUUAUAAAGACAUUAUAAAACCUCAUCUGUCAUUAUAUGGAGGGUGGAGAAUGCCACAAAAAUAAUCUGUUUUUGUUCAAUAUUUUCAAAUCAAUACACGUCACUAAAAUAUGUUUUUCAAAUUUAUUGCAUUUGAUUAAUGCAUCAAAAACAAGAUUUGAUGUAUAUUUGAAGACAAGAGUUUAAAUAUUAAAAAUACCCCCUAGAACAAGAUGAUUUUGCAAGUCAGAUAAUCAUUAAGUGUUGGCAAUAGAUUGACCAUUAAUAGUAAAUCUUUGGGCCCGGGCAUGUUUAAAAUGUUCUCUGUGUUUGGCAGAAGAAGGCAAGUCCUGGACUUGUUUCAGACUGGGCGCAUGGGGGCUGCGUAAGAGCAGCGGCAGGGCUGGAUUUUCAUUUUGACAUAUAUGUAAACAAAUGUGGUGUUGGCACCCGGUCUCGCACAGAGAAUCUAGAACGUUAGAUUGAACUAGGGCUGAACAAAAACAAACUAUAUAAUUGUGAUUAUUCUGAUUGAUAUUAAAAUGAAUUGCUAUAUUGGAGGGAAUGAUUAUUUUUAUGUCAUUCUCAUUUUGAUUUGGAAAAAUAAAAAACAACAAAAAGGAAAGUGAUAUUUUUGCACACUAUUCUAGAAAAAAAUUGACACUUAAAUGUUUGCAUGAUGUGUAGAGUGUAACAUCUCUGUUGCAAAAACGUAUUAAACUAUUUGUACACACCUCAGGUUAAAGAAAUAUUAUUCUUCUGUGAUUUAAAAUCUGCAGAAAAAUAUAUUGCAAUUUACUCUAAAUUUUGAUUAAUUGUUCAGCCUUAGGUGGCCUUUGACCACCAAAAUUGAUUCAUCUUUGAAUCAGAGUGAACAUAUGUGCAAAGUUUUGAAAGCAUUUACAAACAUAGAGUGAACUUUAAGGCCCAACGACCUUAAUAUUUGGUCUCUAAACCCUCAAAUCUAACAAGGUCACCCUUGACUUAGAGUGGUAUUCUGAGAUAGAAGAAAAUCCCUCAAGUUAUUUCUGAGAUAUUCUGUCCCAAGAAAAGGAUGAACAUGAGGCCCAAAGACCUUGACCUUUAAACCCUGACAUCCAAAAUGCAAUCAGUUCAUUCUUGUAUCAGAGUGGCUAUUUGUACAAAAUAUGGAGAAUAUCUCUGAAAGUAUUCCUGAGAUAUGUUCACAAGAAUAGCCAUGACAUAAAUGCAUAUAGACAGACAACUUCAAAAUAAUGCCUUUGGCCUUGGCUAUCUCCUGCCCAGCGGAAUAAAAAUGCCUUCUUUUGCAAUUGUCCAGCACUUAAGCCUAACUCUACAAUAAACAAGAUUAUAAUUUUAUCUAAAAAAGAUGAAAAACCCUUCUACCCAUCUGGAUGGUACGCUAGGCCAUGUUACUCCUCACAUCCACCCCUUGCUCUGCCAUAAAGCUGUGGACUUUGUUAUUUUUCCAACAGAUUAUUUUCUGGUAACAUGCACGGACAUCCAGACUACAGCCUGAGUUGUGUCAGUCCUCCUCUAUGCCUGAUGGUGCCCUCAGGUGGGCUUACUCGGCAUUGCAGGCCUUAUUUCAGCCUCCAUUUUUGGCCCAAACAUGCCUAAAAGUUCUGCCUAGGAGUGUUUAUACACUGGCAGAUUGAAUGACUAAGUUUAGAUUUUUGAUGCAUUACUCAAACUCAGCGUCAUUGCUGGACUGCUUAUUUAAAGUUUCACAUUUUUUUGCAAUUGAACAAAGAGAAUGUGGCACUCUCUGACCUCUGUACAAUCAGCCUGUGUAGUGUCAAACUUUAGGUUUCUGUGAUUGAAAAUAAGACGUCUGACUUUUCGUAUAUUGAGAGAAAAUUUGAAAUAUUAGCUUUGGUGAAACAGUCUCAUUAUGUUGUCAAAAAAGAAUAUAUGGAAUAUUUUAUUAGGGUCAUAUGCAAAGUGUUUUUCUAUUGCUAUGGUUGUUCUCAUGUUGGAGCCAUAUGUAUGCAAGCUAGUUAAUAAUUCACCUGAGCCACAGAAUAACAUGUUUGUGAUAAAUAAUGAAACAUGAACAAUGCACUGCUUUUCCAAUAGUCUCUGAGGGCAGCAUUUAAAUAAGAUGACAGGAUCUCAAAGUGGCAUAAAUACAUAGAUUCUAUAUACAUAGAAAUAUAUAACUAUAUUCUUCAUGACUCUGAUGGUAUGGAGCAACAAAUCCUGACUAGUCAGUACUUCCUGCGUAGGCACGGGGGCGACAAGACUCCUUUCAUUCUUCUUAGAGCUAGAUGUUUGCAGCUGUUUAUCUACUACCUCCUGAUGCUAGCCACGUUUAGCUAAGUGUGACAUAGACUAUGGCAGUGUGUUAGCAUAUGCAAAUGAAAAGGAUUACGUAGAAAAUGAUCCACUUGAAGACUAGACACCAAACAUGGAAGAAUUUUAUCACAGCACAUGAGGUAGUCUUCUAAUUUGAGCGAUGCAAUAACAAUAUAGAUCCCAUAUUAUUUUGCUAUGUUAAAUAAGAACCUAUAGCACCCUCAAAUGUCAUGAUCACUACAUUAAUAUAAUGAACAUAUGAGAUAAUUUAACAAAAUGUUAUUGUAUAACUGUGAUUUUUGUGAGUAAGGGUUCAUAUACAGAAAGAUUACUCAGAGUAGAAGCUGUAUGGAGACGCAGGGCGGCUUUAAACUUAUCAGUGACAGUAAAAAGAUCCAUAAUUUCUCUUUCUACCAGUAAGGUUCAUGAUUCAAUUCUCAGGAAGUUUGUGUUUCUUUUUUGGGUCGUAACUUCAGUCUGAAUCAGCUGGGUUUGAAAUGCUAAAAGGUGUCUUCAGCGUGUGCAUCUCCUGUAUGGAAGCAAAGAAGUCUUCAUGUUGAGUAUCUGAAAAAGUAGACGUAAAAGUGAAACCAUUGUUGGAAACUUGAAGCACUAAUAUUUUAAUUAUUUGCUGUAAAAUCCAGAUUAUAAGUCACGCUAGUUUAUGAAGAUGCUGUUUAUGUUUGGGUUCUUCCAGCAAGAUGGCUUCUAUUGUGUUCAAUGAAGUCUGUUAAGUUUAAUUUCUGUUUUCACCACAGGUAAUUGACCUAUCAGAAACCUUGCCUUCCCUGGCUCACUCGGACAAUUUGGACAGUAACCAGUUUAAUGGUUUUCAUUUAGACAAGCUUGGACUCUGUUUGCCUGCCGUUAACACUGAUUUCUGACCGUCAAAGAACAAAAAUAUAAAAACCACAUUUAUAAAACUAUGACAAAGUUUUAAGCCUUACUUUAGGCCAGAUUUACCCACCCUGAUGAGCAGAGAGUGUGUCCCCAAGUUAAGGUUGGUUGCAAAUGUGAGUGUGAAGAAGUGUGAGGUGUCCACAUUAUUAUUUUACUGCUCCCUCCCCCGUCCCCAGCCUCUCCGACAUUGAAUCGUAAAUAUCAAACACGUUUGAUAUAGGUUCUUUGUAGAUGACAUUACCCUGCAGCGACAAAGUCCCCUUGGGGGGCGAGUAGUGAUUUCUGCAUAAAGAAACGCUACCAAAAAGGCCAUGUUUUGAGCUGUUUAUGACUAUGCAAAGAGUUUAAAGUGUGAAAAUAAAAGCUUUCUUUAUUCUUAAGCUACUUUUGUGUCCUGAAAGUAGUGAAAUACUCAGGCAAAAAAAGUUGUAAAAGCUCACAGAGAAAUGUAAGCAGGCACCUUGCCUGUGUUUCUCCAGAUGUCCUGAUGUCCGUCAAGCCUUGUCGUUGUGAUGGGAAAUCCGUCCCUUUUUAGAGAUCUGGCCUCAGUAGAGCUGUUUUUUUGGCUCCCAAACGGCUCUUCAUUUGUUAAAAGUUUGGCUUUUUAAAUGUUAAACAACAGUUGAUGGAGGAAAGAAAACUGGCACUCGAAUGGGAGCUAGCCACCGCAGCUAACACAGAAGAGUUGUUUUGUGGCACAGACUCAUUCGUGAACAGCCCAUCAUCACUCGGUCUCCUACCCCACUAGGAUUAUACAGUUGAUAGUACAUCACUUCUCAAUGAAAAGCAUGUUUGUUACAAAAUCUGGAUUUUUUUUUUAUGUUAAAGGGGCUUUGCUAGCCUCUUAACUCAGUACAAGACCACUCAAGACUCGUUUCCCCUUAUCUGGCUACACUACACAAAACAUUAGGAAGUCUGCAGAAUUGAGUAUUAGUGAUAUUGAUCACCUCCCCACCAGCUAAAUCAGUUAAACUGUGUAAAAAACAAAUUUUUUAAAGUGCAGGAAUCGUAUUCUGAUGAUAAUUGCAAUGUACAGGUCCAUUUAGAGCUUUAAAGUACUUUCCUCCAUCCCGAUUAAUUUCUAAUGGCUGCGCCCCCCGUUCCUGACCCCUAACGGAUAUUCUCACAUCACAGCGUGUAAACGGCGAUAUUGGUCAUCCUUGCGGCAAACUUAAUAUAAACAACAAGUAUUUAAAGUGUGUCUUAUACACCGGAUUUUACAGUUUAAGUUGCAUGCAUUUAUUUUAUAUUUCACUCACUGUGACACCACCUGAUGUAAAAACAAGAUACUAAGUUAGGCAUAAUUUUGCCCUUUUUUCUUUCAAAGAUUAGAGAUCAAGUUUGUUGGAAAAUAUCAGUUUAAAUUUUGAAAACUAUAUCAUCUUGGGACCUUACAAACUGAAGUUGAAACCUGUAAUUUUCAUAUUGUUACUAUAAAUGCACUUCUUUGCUUCCAUAUGAUUUAUUCGACAAACGUCUUAUCUCACUUUCCUUUUCACGUACUUUUAUAUUGAUAUUUCAAGGCUUUUUAAUCUGUCUUAAUGUUGAAAUUCUAUAUUUGAUUGAUGUUUAAAAAUAUGUUCCAUGCUUUUGUUGUGGUGAAUCUGGUAACUUCCUGUAUUCCUUUUAUUUCUCAGUGGGACGUGAGAUCAGUCUCCACCAAUUUUAAUUUUUCUCCUGAUCCGAUAAAAAAGCUCAGCAAAAAUCUUCAAAGACCAAACGAGCAAUAAAAGACGGUGUCUCACAAUCAUUUGAGGUUAGGAUCUGUCAUUGGAGUUUUGUUCCUCUGAUGUUUAGAGAAGCAUUAAAGUCCUUCUUGACCAAACUGCAUUAAUACCUUAGUACAAAAACAAACGAAAAGACUGUUUUAUGGACUAACUGCUGCUACCCUCCUCUAGAGUAACCCUAAAAAAAAUCAAAUGCACAAUCAACACUGUUUUAGAUCUUCUGUUUCUCACUUUUACUUGUAGAUAUUUACCUUUCUUAUUUCACCUUAAUCCCAAAAUCGUAAAAAUGGAACAAGUUUCACUCCAUCCACGGGUAGCUGAGUAAAGGGCGUCAGUAUCUGCAGACUGAUUGACUGAUUGAUUUGGGAUUGGGUGCACUGAUCAACGGAAUGCAUGUAGAACAGAAAGCGUUGUGCCGAUGUCGUGCUGAGCUUGUGUUUUUUGUUGUAACCGUCAAUGGUUGUUCUUCAGUCUGUAUGUGUUUUUUCUCCUCCGCUGUGAUCAGGAAAUAUAAGGAAGCCCAUGUCUGCCAAAAAAAAAAAGAAAAAAAUUUAAAAGAUAUGCAUGAUAAAAAUAAAUAUUUGUGAAAUUUGAAGCGUAAAAAUGCCACCAGAUUUGGCUUACUAAGUCGAAACUUUAAUUCAGUGUGACAUAAUUUUGAUUGUUGUGAUGUUAACAUUUUUGUUUUUAUCAUGUACAUUUUUUGAACAUUUGGCAGUAAUAGUCUGUAUUCACAUGGCAGCCAUUAUUUCUUUAAAUCCAUACACAAGGUGGGAAGCUAAAAUGCUGUUAUAAUGUCAUAGGGCUACAAAAAAACAGCUACAGCAAAUCACAUUAUUAAGCUGGCUAGUUUUACAGCAUGUUAAAAAGUGGCUUAAUGUUAACAUUACUGUAUAAAAAUAGGAUGCAAAGGAUAGGAAAGGCUUCACAGCUAAGGACAAGUUAGUUAAAACCUGCCAGGUUCUAAUGUUUACUGCUGCCUGGUGGUAAAUAGCUAAUGAAAAUAACUAAUCAGAAUUAUGGAUUAGACUUUACUUCCUUGCUGAGAGUACGUUAGCAAGGGCUAACAUUUUUUUCAUUUCUAUGAUAGCUUAAAUUAAGCAAAUAUGACUUGUAGCAUGGCACAUUUAUUCUUUAUUUUCAUUUACCGAUUUGCCAAUGAAAGGAAAAUUAUUAGUAACAAUUUGAGGGUGCACAUGGCUGUAAUGAAGCUAAGAAAACACAAUUAAAAACUGAGUAUAAUCUGAAGACCACUUACAUUAGCAUUCAGCUACUUCUUGCGAAAAUAACCAUUAGCUAAACAGUUAGUGUGUCCCAAAUCACAUACUUCUGUACUAGAUACUAAACAUUUUGAAUGCAUAAGUGCCCAUAGUGUGUUCACACUUAGAAAUAUACUCUAAAGCAGCACACGCAAAACUGUCCUCGCAGAUGUUGUUCUGUUAGCAUACCUGGUGCGCUAGCAUCCGCUAGCUAGCAAGAUAACGUAUUUACAACGGCAGCAAUUCCAAUCAAGAAAAGGGCUUUUAGAGCAAAAUGAAUUCAUUUUUUUAUGCAAAUAAUGUUAACAUAAAACACAAGUUACAUGAAUCUAAUAGUAAGAGAAAAUCAACAUCAAAUUUUGAUUAUAAUUGGCUAAUGUCUCCUUAAAACUUGCUGUUACUAAAUAAGUUGACAAAAACAAAUAAGCAGUUAAACUGUUGUCACUUAAGCAUUGAUUAACAUGCUACAUGAGAGAAAAUGCUUAGUCAUAACUUGGGGGUAUACAGCAACUUCUUAGCUCAUACUAUUGUUAGCUAGGUAGUUGCUAAAUGCUAUUAUAAACUUAGAAUUAUUUUACAAAAUAUUAAGAUAUGGUUAUAUUUCUUAGCUAAGUGCAUGUUAGCUAUGGCCUGAAAAGGCUACCAUUUGCUGCUGUUGAGGCAAAAAUUGACCCAGUAUGUUGUUUAACUUUAAACAUUCCUAUUCUCUUAACUGUUAAUCCGUUUAUGCGUUAAAUAGCAUGCUACAGUUGAGACAUUGUUAAGUAAUAAUUUUGGUGGGGGGCUUUAUUUCGAAACAAAUACUGUUUUAACCCAUUAGCUACUUACCACCGACAGCUAACUGAAGCAUACAGCCACUUCUUAGCUAAUAUUAAUGUUAGUGAGAAACAGGCCAAAUGCUAGCAUUCUCUUAUGGUAGUAUAAUUCAAUCUAAUUCUAUCUUAGAGUAAUGUCAGCUUGGAGGUAGUUAUAUGCUUAAAUUUGCUGCUUUUUUAUUGUGGCUAACAUCAGAUUUGUUGUGUAAUUUUAAACAUUAUAAACAGUUAUCCUAACUUUUCUCUUGUGAAAAUUA